UUCAGAUAGUGAUUUGUCAUUUCUAUACACGCACAAAUUAUACACAAAUUUAAUUAAAUUUAUACCUAUACAAACUGACAAUAAUAUAUACCUUUGCACUUUAUACUCCUAUACCAUAAUGACUUAUCUCUAUGGCUUAACAGAUACAAAGUUUAAACAGCAGGUCGAACCUAAAAAGCUAAUUAAAGCCUCGCCAAUCAAAUUUCGACGUAAUCCGUUGUUGGAACGGCAACUCACCAUCAUUUCUGAUGAAAGUCCUUUGAUUUGCCGAUCCUCGCCCCCGACUCUGCUUGAGCUAUGUCUGAAUAUAAUCGACAAGUUGCCCUUUGGGCCGAUUUAUGAUUGGAACGACCGGGAUGUACGCCAAUGGAUUCAUCGUUAUGGAUAUCCCCAAUACUCUAACACAUUUCGUGUGAAUAUGAUCGGGGGUCGCAAACUGUUGUUGCUGGACGCUGACGCGCUGUCAGCAAUGAAUAUCAAGGACUUCGACCAUAUCAAACACAUUACCUAUGGCAUUCGGAUGCUGUUUCACUUUGAGCUGACCAAAUUCUCGAACAGUAUUUCUCUACCGGAUGAAAAGCCCAAUGAGCUCUACUUGCUGUGGCACACGCAGACGGGCAUAUACUAUGAUGAAUAUCGACGCUCGGAUUUGUAUAUACGCAUGCAAAUUAUUCGGGAUCGUUCUCAAUCUCUCGAUCACUGGGAGCUGCUCGAGUUGUGGCUGCAUCGAGAACGUAAGCAUAAAUACAAGGAGCUGUUUGCACUCGUACCGCGUUUCAACAUGUACAAUGAAUCAUCGUCAAGACGUUCUACCCGUUCUCAAUUUUCAAAUGAUCCAGUAGUUAGCCCGCCAACAUUACCCGAUCACGACUCCAAUUUCAGUAAUGCCCAACUGCCUUGGCGGCUAACGUGCCUGAAUUACUUCCGGCCCAUGUCAACUAUACACUGGACACGUUCUAACAAGGAGUGUAGUACCUGCAUUCCGCCGUGCGAGUGUGGUUGGCCACCCGGUUACUAUGUGUCUGACACAGUAAUCGGCUGUCUGAAGCAUCGCUUCCCCGAAAAGUUUGCACAUAUCUACGAAGGGGCGUCUGGGUUCCAAUUGCAAGAGAGCUUGAUGAUGCGCUGGACGCGUUUUUCAUUUUAGCUUAGGAUUGUAAUUAGUCUUUUCCGUUUCUGAGUCUCAAAUGAAUAGUAUGUCUAUUUAUUUAAACAGACAACUGAAGGCCACGGAUAUUCGACGCCCCCACAGCAAUCACUGCGAACCCUAUAAGUGAUCAAGGUGAUAGCGAUCGAACGGGUGUCAUAGUUCAGCCCAAUGAAAUGACUUUAGUGCUCGGCUUGUGCUCUGAAACAUUUGCUUUGGAAUCGAUAUUUAUCGAUAAUAUGCAAAAAUAAGAUGAGCAAGCGUAUAAAAUUUCCUGUUCGUAGCUUCAUUCAUAAAAUCAGUAUAC